AUGCUUGUCGCCACACUGAUAAUCGCCGGCGUGCUGGUCGUCUCGGCAUGGCCAGCAGCGGCGACCGCGCCACCACCAACACCAUACGGCGGGAACGCCUCCUGCCAGCGGCGGUGCGGCGACCUGGAGGUCCCGUACCCGUUCGGCAUCGGGCGCGGCUGCUACCACUACACGGGCGAGGGCGACAUCACCUUCGAACUCACCUGCAGGCGCACCGCGGGCGGCGGCUACCAGGCCUUCAGCGGCGAGUCCAUCGAGGUCAUCGACAUCAACGUGCGCCUCGGCCAGGCGCGCGUCCGCAACGACAUCCAGGCCUGGUGCUACAACCGCACCUCGCGGUCCAUGGUGGGCGACACGAGCCGCUUGGGCCCGGACCUCUCCGACUCUCAGUUCCGGGUCUCCGACGAGGGCAGCCGCUUCGUCGUCGUGGGCUGCAACUCGCUGGCGUACGUGGGGUCCGUCAACACCGGCACCGUCUACAUGACGGGAUGCAUGGCCACGUGCCCGGACGCCGGGACGCUGGUGAACGGCUCCUGCGCCGGCAUGGGCUGCUGCCAGACGGCCAUCCCCCGGGGCAUCAACACGUACUCGGUGGAGUUCGACGACCGCUUCAACACCUCCGCCGUCAUGGGCUUCAGCCCCUGCACCUACGCCGUGCUCAUGGAGGCCGCCGCGUUCGACUUCCGGAUCACCUACGUCACCACCGGGGACUUCAUGGCGUCCACCGGCGGCAAGGUGCCGGUGCUUCUGGACUGGGUGGUCGGUAGGGAGACGUGCCGGGAGGCGACGCGGAACGCCACGGCGUACAUGUGCGUCAGCGACGACAGCAAGUGCGUCGACUCCAGGAACGGAGGCGGCUACCUCUGCAACUGCUCCGCAGGUUACCAAGGAAACCCCUACAUCCCUGCCGGCUGCCAAGACAUUAACGAGUGCGAGGAGGAUCCUAACAAGUACCCUUGCUCUGUUCCUGGAACCUGCACCAACACUCCCGGAAGCUUCAUCUGUUCUUGCCCCGACAAGACGACAGGCAACGCUUACAAUGGCACAUGCGAGGCGAACAAAUCUCAGCUCGGAGUGCGCAUCGCAGUUGGCGUUAGCGCUGGCUUGGUCGUGCUAGUGGUCACCAUGUCCUGCGCCUACAUGAUCCGCCAGAAGCGGAGCCUCGCCGCCGUGAAGCAGAGGUACUUCAAGCAGCACGGCGGCCUCCUGCUGUUCGAGGAGAUGAAGUCGAAGCAGGGCCUGUCCUUCACGCUGUUCACUGAAGAGGAGCUGGAGGAGGCGACCGGCGGGUUCCACGAGCGGAACGUGCUCGGCAAGGGAGGCAGCGGCACCGUAUAUAAGGGGUCUCUCAGGGACGGCAGGGCCGUGGCGAUCAAGAAGUGCAAGCUGGUGAGCGAGAGGCAAGAGAAGGAGUUCGGGAAGGAGAUGCUCAUCCUGUCGCAGGUCAACCACCGGAACGUCGUCAGGCUCCACGGCUGCUGCCUCGAGGUGGAGGUCCCCAUCCUCGUCUACGAGUUCGUCCCCAACGGCACGCUGUACCACCUCAUCCAUGGCCACCGCAGCCACGGCGGCGAGCGCGUCUCCUUCGCCACGCGCCUCAAGAUCGCGCACGAGGCUGCCGAGGCGCUCGCCUACCUCCACUCCUGGGCCUCGCCGCCGAUCAUCCACGGCGACGUCAAGUCGCCCAACAUUUUGAUCGACGAGAGCUACGCCGCUAAGGUGUCCGACUUCGGGGCCUCGACGUUGGCGCCCACGGAUGAGGCGCAGUUCGUCACGUUCGUGCAGGGGACCUACGGCUACCUGGACCCGGAGUACAUGCAGACCUCCAAGCUGACGAGCAAGAGCGACGUGUACAGCUUCGGCGUCGUGCUCCUGGAGCUGCUCACGUGCAGGAAGGCCAUGGACCUCCAGGCGCUGGACGAUGAAGAGAUCAACCUCUCGGCGCAAUUCCUCCGUGCCAUGGGUGAGAAUAGGCUCGAUGAGAUACUGGACGAACAGAUAAAAGGCGAGCAGAGCAUGGAGCUGAUCGAGCAGGUGGCCGAGCUGGCGAAGCAGUGCCUGGAGAUGGCAAGCGAGAAGAGGCCCUCCAUGCGAGAGGUUGCAGAAGAGCUCGACAGGGUUAGGAAGCUGUCGCAACAUCCUUGGGGGAGCCAAGAAGAGACUUGUGAUGAUGAGCUCAAGGCCUUGCUUGUCGGAUCACCAGGGACAGGGACGUCCUCUGAAAUAGAACUUAGUAUUAGUACUAAUGCGUAUGUUAGCAUGACAGAUUCAGCCUAUUUAGGGAUUCGAUCUCCACGAUAA